AUGGCGUCGAGAAACUCUUCACAGGUCUCUCUAACGGGACGUACGGUCACCCCAGGCCCGGAGAAGGACGAUUCGGAUUGGAAGCCUGACUGGCGGGUCAAGUGCACCUUUGCCAUCAUUGCUCUUUUGAACUUUGUUACUGCCGUGGAUGCUACAUCUAUAUCGGUUUCGUUGCCGACCAUCUCCAAUGAGCUUGGCGGAACAGCAACCGAAGCCUUUUGGGCAGGAACUUCAUUCCUCCUCGCAUCCUGCGUAUUCCAACCCAUCUUCUCACUAGCAUCCGACAUCUUCGGCCGAAAAUACGUCCUCCUCCUCGCCGUAUCAGCCUUCUCGCUCGGCUCCAUCCUCGCCGCAGUCUCCCACGGCUUCAACCUCCUGCUCGUGGGCCGCUGCAUCCAAGGAACAGGAGGCGGCGGCAUCCUCGCUCUAACAGAGAUCCUCAUAACCGACAUGGUCCCGCUCCGCCAACGCGGCAAAUGGUUCAGCAUCAAGUUCGGCGCAUCAGCCAUCGGCACCGUAACCGGCCCCCUAAUCGGCGGAGCAUUCACCCAGUCCUCCGCAUCCUGGCGCUGGAUCUUCUGGUUCAACCUCCCCUUCUGCGGCCUGGGUCUGAUCCUCAUCCCAAUCCUCCUGAACCUCGAAAAGACCCCCGACUGCUCCCUCCGCCACUCCCUCUCCAAAGUCGACUACUUCGGCUGCUUCCUCUUCGUCGCUUCGCUCACCUCCUUCCUGAUCCCAAUCACCUGGGGCGGCAUCAUGUACUCCUGGUCCUCAUGGCACACGCUCGUCCCGCUCAUUCUCGGCCUGGCGGGCCUGCUCGCGUUCGCCAUCUACGAAGCUUUCAUUCCCGCCCAGCCUCUCAUCAACUUGAAUGUCUUCAACAACGUCACAAUGGUCCUCUGCUACUUCGCUAUCUUCCUCCACGGCCUUAUUCUUUGGGCAAUCGUCUACUACAUUCCGCUGUACUAUGAGGGCGCCCUGGGAUACAGCCCUAUUAUCGCCGGAGUGGCCGUCUUCCCCGAGUGUCUUACCGUCGCGCCCGUCUCCAUCGUGACUAGUAUCAUGGUCUCCAAGCUGGGCGAUUACCGCUGGGCUCUGUGGGCCGGGUGGCCCAUCACAACGGCUGGAAUGGGCAUCCUCUGUCUUUUGACUGCAUCGAGCACCAUCCCACAGUGGAUCUUUAUUAACUUGGCUGCUGGUGUCGGUUGCGGAAUGCUCUUCCCCUCCGUCCAGCUUGCUGUCCAGGCAGCCGCGAAUAACGACUUCCUGUCCAUGGCUGUGACGAUGACUGCUUUCUUCCGGGUGCUGGGCCAGUCGGUUGGUGUUGCGGUUGGAGGCGUGGUCUUCCAGAACAGAAUCCAGAUGCAGUUUGGGAACCAUCCUGAACUGGGGUCCGAAGUGCUUAAGUAUGCGCAGGAUGCGUCGAGUCUUGUGGAGUAUAUCAAGGCGUUGCCUGUUGGUAGUGCUUCGCGGAUCCUGAUUCAGUCUCUAUAUGCGAAGUCGUUGACGACUGUUUGGGCGGUUAUGUGUGGUAUUGCGGGCGUGGGACUUUUGUCCAGCUUGUUUGUCAAGAAGUAUACGCUCAAUCGGUCUUUUACUUCGAAGCAAGGGGGAGUGAAGGGGGAUGUUGAAUCUGUGACGACGAAAGGAUCUAUUAUGUCGAAGCAAUGGUUCAAAACGGAAGCUGUGGAGACCAAGGAUACUCUUGAGUUUGUGGGAGUUGGAGGACCUUGGACAGGGUGGCCACAUGGGAAUAUUGAAUGA